AUGCUGUUUGGAGACGAAGAGGCAAAGCGGGGGGCUGCCCGAAACUGGAAUGACUACCAGAUAGAGUUAGUCUACUUUGCAAACAAGAAAGACAAGAAUCGGUGGGAGCAGGAAGAUAACCUAGGCAAGAGGCAGGGCGCAAUAUUAGUGGAGCAGAUCCUCACAGAAUUCCCUCCAAUGGAAGUGGAUGAUCCCUUUAGUUUUGAAACCUUGUCGGAGGUUGGAACGGAAAGUCAGGGAGGGAGGGCAAGUGUCGCUUCUCGGUAUGCAGGUGCAAAAUCUAAAGCAGGGCGAAAGGGGUCGGAGAUAGCGGCAGAGUUCACCAAGCUUGUCAAGACUUUGGAUACUUCAACUCCAGCGGCGCAACGUGCUUAUGAAGCAGAGAUAGGAAAGGCGGAAAGACGAGGGGCUCGUGCAGAGAAAGCGAAAGGGGCUGAGCUUCUGCAGGAUGCGAAGGCGAGGGGAAGGAGCGCGGCAGCGGCAUUACGGAGGGAACUUGCGCAGGAGCAAGAGAAAAGGUUGGGGCUUGAAAGGGAAGUUGAAACGGUGAAGCAGGUGUCGCAGAGUUCCGUAACUGAGUAUGAAUUGCUGCGGGCAGAGCUGUCUCGAGCGAAGAAAGAAAGCACACGCCUGGCCGCGGCGCUUGCAGAAGCGAGCAGCCGAGAGGCGGCUAGCAGUGGAAAGAUGCAGAUGGAGGUGCUUGAAGACCAAGCAGGCUGCGUGGAUAAGGGGGCUGAGGCAGUGGCGAAGCUGGCAUACGAGAAGGAAAAAUUGGUGGAACAGCUGGUUGAAGCUCAGGCUCAGGCUGAUAGGGCUGAGCAGGCACAGGCCGGGCUGGAAGAGGAAAGAAAUCGAGAAGAGCAGCUAAUGAGGGAAAGUGAGAACCAGGCGAGGGGAUUAAUUGAAGAGGUCCAGCGAUUGCAAGCGGAGCUGGCACGGGCUAAGGCACAAGCAGAUUCGACCACUCUCUUUCAAGUUCUCCAAGGCCUCUUGAGUCUCCUGUGGUGGCCGCUCCGCGCGAACAACGUGCAGCCUGCAUCGGCUGGCACAACCACGACGUCCGAUAUCCUCCAGCACAAUUCUACGCUAACAACAGCGAUGGACUUGAAGGAGAAGAACGGGCAGCUUGCCGAGGAAGCUGCUCACUGGAAAGCGAGAACCGAGGAGCUGGAAAAGGAGAUAGCCGGGGUAGGGAGGGGUCAGUCGAAGAGGGAAGCUGGAGGCCAAUCCGCGCCACCCCCUCAGGGUCCGGCAGCUGAGAAUCAACCAGAUGUCCUUCAG